AUGGCAAACCAUUUGUUUUCGCUGCCUCCUGGCCAAGAAUCAUCUCCCCAUCACCGCCGUCAAUCAUCGCUUGAAGAAAUUCUUGAUUUUACCGCCCCUUGCAUUUCUGCUGCCGAACAAUCACAAGCUCAAACAGUCAUAAACACUCUUAUCAAUCACUGUGAGGCGUUGCAGAGCAGCACGCCGUACAAGAAGGUCACACUAGUCCGCCUGACAUACGAGGAAUGCCGCUCAGUUGAUCUGUUUCUUCGGCAGAUUUUUACCUAUUUUGAUGGCUUGUAUUGCUCUAGUGAUGAUACUGCAAUACAGCCAUGCUUCGUACGAGGACUGGCUAGAUAUGAUGGAUUCAGCUCCCAGUCUCCGGAAACUCAGAAGCGGGAGGCAGAGAGUGCUAUGAACUCCUUUGCAGAAUAUUUAUUUGACAACUUCUUCCUUCCAAUGAGAGCAGCAGGAUCAAAAACACCUCAGGCAUCCGCAGCAAGUCUAUCAGCUCCUGCAAUUGAUCAUGUCGUCGGGACACCCGCACGCUUGUCAACUCUGCGGCGCGAUUGCCUCAUACGUGACCACCACCGGUGCGUAGUCACACAACAAUUCGACGUGACAGAAGCCAUAAAUCGAGGGAAGCGUGAUCCUGAACCGAAGGAUGACGAAAAUCUCCCGCUGGCUGGUCCAUUUACACGAAUUGAGGUUGCUCAUAUUAUACCACAUUCAAUAAUGUCGUCAAAAACCACGAAUGAGUUGAGCACUGCUAAGAAAACCGCUCUUUCAAUAUUAAACAUGUUUGAUCGCGGGAUAAUUCAUCAAAUUGAAGGCACGGGUAUUGAUCGUCCAAGUAAUGCUAUCAGCCUUGCGGCUGAACUGCAUACCCUCUUCGGCAUGUUUCAACUAACAUUUGAACCCGUUGAUCUCACAACCUCCACUCCCCAUACGUACAUAAUAACUUCAUCAAACAACCUGAUGCGGAGCUCCUUCAACUUCCCGAUAACGCGGACUCUACUCCUCUCACCGGGCCACACGAUUGGCCCGCCAUCUGCUAAGCUACUGGCACUUCAUCGCGCUAUUGCUCAUAUAUUGGAACGCAGCGCUGCAGGGACAUAUAUUGAACGCAUUAUCCAAGACAUGGAAGAGGUAUGGGUUCGGAGUGAUGGCUCAGCAGAGCUAGGAAAGAUUGUUGGGUUGAAGCUAGGGGGAUGGUUAGAUAGUGCUGCCUAG